AUGCUUGCGACCUCGUCAUGCUCUGCGCCUGACGUCGGCGCCAUCCCCCUGCCCCAGUUGAAGCGCAAGCGCUCCGGUUCCAGUGAUCCAACGCCUGAUCAGGACGCGCCGGUCGCGACCAAGCUACGCGCAGAAAAUGUGCCGUGCUACCCCGUCGUGACCAAGCAGGAUACCCCGUCAACCGCCAAUAAUACGGAUACCUUGUCACUCGAUGCGCCCGAUAGUCUGCCGGCGAAUUCGACGCCCGAGACGUCGCACCUGUCUCCGUUCCCUCCAAGCACGAGCGCAUCUGAACCUCCUGCAGUGACCAAGAAUGUCGGCUCACGGAAAGUGGAUCUAGAUACAUUACGCGAAACGCUCGAAGCCCAGCUUAGUCUGGAGGUGUUGUUGAAGCACAACGAACUUCGGUUAAUCGACCAGGAAAUCGCAAAAUGUCAGGUCGCGUUGGAGCAAUUGCGCCGAUGCGCAGAGAUCCCUUAUCCAGGCUCAAAUGUGGCGGGCUAUUCGCAGGCUGUCAGCGACGGGACGGGCAUGGCGAUUUGGGCUCCUGAAAAUGGACCUGCGCCUCUGUCUCCGGCGCCCUGGGGUGUCACUGAUGGCCCGUAUAGUCGCCACUACUCUAAAUGGUUAAUUCCAGAUCCUCGUUUUGAUGGCGGUGAACCUGAGCCUGCUACCCCCAUGGCGGGCGGUCUUGCUAGUCCGUGGACCGAAGGGCGCUCGACGCGUGGAAGCUGUGGGGAUCUUGGUUACAUGGCUGGCAAGACACGACCGCAACGAGGCACAGGUGGCAGACUGCAGUCUUUACCCAACGGCAACCAGCAACCCAAGGAGAAGAGUGGACCAAUUACUAUUCGACGAAAAUCGGAUGGUCUGCUCGUCAAGCUGGUCUGCCUGGACUGUCGGCGGAACAACUUCUCCAGCACGCAAGGAUUUAUCAACCACUGUCGUAUCGCGCACAGUCGAAACUACGCAAGCCAUGAAGCGGCGGCAGUUGAGUCAGGCGAACCCGUGGAACUGGAUGAGGCUGGUGCAAUCAUUGGCGGCAAGAUCGAGGUCUCCAACCCUGUCACAGCGGGAUUCAUUCAUCCGUUGAUUCGGUCAGCGCAUGUCAUUGAGCCGCUUCCCAAGACUCCUACACCUGUAUCCGACGCCACCAUGACUCCCCGUAAAAGAUCCAGCCCAAUUCGACAGACUCCCUCGGCAGCAGAGACGCCUCGAGCAUCAAGCGCCGAGCCAAAGACCACAGUUGCUACGGCAGGCAAUACUACAUUCAUGUCUUCCCCUGUGACGCCUCAUUUAUCGAAUCUGAUGAAGCUCCGAGGCGUUGCGGUUGACCUAGAACAACUGGUCGGGGAAGCCAAGGCUGCUGUGGAUCUGGAUGACUAUACGGAUGAUGACGGAGGAGAGUCAGAUGGCGGAUUCGUGCAACCUUCGACAGAAAUGAGUCAGGAUCAGACAUCGCUGGGAGCCCGUGCGGGCAGGCAACCGAUGCGGACGACAGCCUCGCAGGCGACAAGCGGGCGCCCUGGCAGCCGAAAGGGACUAGAUUCCUUGGACCACCGGCCUCCACCCCUGCAAACCUCGACCCCUAUCCGAGCCACCCCUUAUCGGUCCCCCUAUCCUUCCAUGUCAUGCCUACCGCAGGACUCGCAGAGGGGAGCUCUGCGUACACUCGAGGGCACAGAACAAGGUGCAAAUCUUAGUCCGAAUACGGCCGAAUCUAACCAAGCCCCAAGUCUCGUCAGCGAUGACGAUGACUAUGGGGAGGGUUCGGAUUCGGAUGCCGGGCCUAGUUCUUCUGAGGCAGGUGAUCACGAUGAGGACCUAGGUCAUAUUGAUGUUGAGGACGGCGAUGAGAAUAGCGCCAGGUCGGCGGCUGCCACUCCGCCCAAGUCAGAUAUCGGCAUGGCAAGCACGGGGACACCCCGGGCGCCACCAUUAUCGAAGUCGCUGCGACGUGGCAGUAUCAAGAAGAAAGACCGGCUCAUGGCGACAUCGGUGGUUGCCUCAUCGCGCGGCAAGGAAGAGAAGCGGGGCCACGCCAUGUCCAACCUCAAACCCUAUGACCCCGAUCAUAUCACCAAGGAGACCUUCCAAUCCCUCCUAGCAAAAUACCCAUCGACUGUGACAUCCACCAUCCGACGCAAGGCCAUCGCAUCUAGCGGCAGCAGCAGCAGCAGCAGCAAACCUUCACGCAAAUCCGGCGCCAAGGGUACCACCACCACCACCACCACCACCACUACCGCUGCCUCCGCCUCUUCCAAAAAGGGGAACCCUGCAGAUUGCAACGCGGAGGCCGAAGUCCGCGUGCAAGACUACCUCGCCCUCGACGAGUUCCGCUACACGACCCUGCCGCAUGCGGUUCGUCAACGCGCAACGGGGGAGGAUGGGGUGGGGUAUCUGGAGAAGGAGGAGUUGGUGCGCUUGGUGGAGUGGAAGAUGAAACACGGCAAAUUCCGCCCCGCACUACUAGGCAUGGUCCGCUCGAACCCUGAGACCACCAUCUGCGAGGCUACUAGCACCGCCUCUGAAUUGCUGCAGAAGCACAACAUGACAGAAUUCCCGGGCGAUGCGUUGGACCGCGUGACGGGCCCGUUGAGGGGCGUCGGGCCUGCGACGGGGAGUUUGGUGCUGUCAGUCUUGGCGGACGUGCCGUUUUAUAGCGACGAUGUGUUUCUGUGGUUGUGUCUGGGGGUGUAUCCUGGAUAUGGGCCGGAGCCAGCUAGAAAGGCGUUUAAGCCCGGGAAGAGCGGGGAGUUGGAUGUCAAGUACAAUGCGAUGGAGUAUCGGGAGUUGUGGGAUGCGGUGAGGAGGUUGAGGGAGAGAUUGGGGAGGGUGGCUUGUGAGGAGGUUGAGAAAGUGGCGUUUGUUAUUAGAUUUGGUGGUGAGGAUGAGGUUGUUGGGAAGCUGAAAGACGAAGGGAAAGGAAAUGCAGAUCAGGUUGUCCAGGGUAAGAGAAAGCGACAGGGAAAAGAAGAAGAAGAAGAAGAAGAAGAAGGAAAUGAAGAAGUGGGGGUCAGGAGGAGCAGCAGAAGGAGAGGAGGAAAUUAA